AUGUCGACUUCCGAGCUAGAGCCGGAACUCCAGGACUCACCCCAUGUCCACAAUCUGGAAAUCAGAGGCACGUGGGACGGUGAGGUCAAUGGGCGGGCAGAACUUAGGAUUUCGCUCGAGGUACAAGGCACCCCAAACGCGCAGACACAGAUAUUAGACACCACGUCGCCUACUAUCCUUCUGUGUAAGGCCUCAAUUCAAUUUCUAUCCGAGGAAUGGGGUCAGAAUAGUCAACCCAGCGAGGGUCCCACUCAAAGCCCUCUGUUCGAAUUUUUUGAGCCAAUCGAUUCUAAUGGAGAGGAAGCCCGUAUGGACUUCAUGAGCUUUUCUGCAAUCUCAGACGCCAUCAACGGCCAUUCCUUUGCUAAAACUUAUAGCGAAACGAGCUCCACAACUCGCGUGCUGUACCCAGACCAUGAAGUUGAUGGUUCCACGGAGAGAUCUUUAUUGCCUGGUGAACAUUCCCCUGGUUUACGUCCUAACUUUGCAAAACACGAUGACCAGACCAGAAUGUUGAAUCUAGGGAAAAGAAGUGCUACAGAUGCUUGCUUGGCAGAUGUCGACUCACACUUGGAGGAUGCCCAACCAGACCGAAAAAUUCCCUAUAAUGGUGCCAUUCACAAUCCCGAUAUGCGAGGCUACAGGUCAGAUGUACUAGAGAAAACAGCACACCCUGAACGAGAUGAUACGAUGGGGGAAAUAAGCUCGCAGCGAUCAUGUUCUUCUCAAGGGAAUUACAGCAAGCCAGUCUUACUGUCAGAGGUGGCUGUGGGAGUGAAAGAGGCAUCCAAGAAAGCAUCCAACACAGAACUAUGCCUUGCCAGUGCACAUGAUGGGGAAAGGCUAGAAACCACCUCGGCAACUAAGAACCUUUGUAAAAUCAAAGACAUGAACAUCGAUGGCCACGAUACAGUGCUUACAAACUUCGUUUCUUUCCACAUUGGCCGGGAAAGCGCGUCCAGUAGCCCACCAAUGCCUCCUAUCUCUGGUACAGAGUCAGUGGGAGAACUUGAGACUAACUUGAGCGACAACCCCACAACUAGACCGGCUCCACCGCUAGAUACCGAGCAAGAAGCAGGCUCAGAUUCUAAUAAUUGUGAACGAAAUCCAUAUGGAUAUUACGAACACAAUCUCAGUGAUACCCACGAACCCGUACACCGUGUAUCUUCUGAGAACGAGCCCGAUUUUAACAUGAUUGAUGAUAUUCUCUUCGUUCAGCACCCGGAAAAUGUACGCGCAGGAAUUUAUAAGGUCGUUGUCACCUUCUCGAUUGCUCUGCUCGGGGACACACCCAAUGAUUGGUAUGAUCUAGUCAUACCAGGUCUGCCCAAGCUGGCGAUGGGGGAGAGUGGGUUCAUUCUCUUCCUAAUUCCUCACAAGUACGGUGUUGAAUUUCGCACCACAUAUCUCCGCAGAUUUAGGAUGGUGGAAGAUUGCUUGUUCGCUGAAUUCAUGAACAAGAGGGAUCUUGUGAUACCAAUGCGAUCUUUUGACCAGAGGAAUUAUGGCAUUCUCAAGGAUUUCGUCGUGAACCAGGAAAUUGAAGCACGUCCUUCAUUAAGCCCUAUAUCAGAAUAUAACAAGCACACACAGCCACAUUUGUCGGUGAGAUACCAUGCGAUAUGCUCGCUGAGGUUGCAUAAACGCUGCUUCUGGGCUGAGAAGUGCUGCUUCUUUCUCGAUUUAGACGGAGGGCCAGAAGGAUUUUUCCAAUGCAGACUCCAACCCCCAGAUACGAGCUUGCAGGUGGUCUAUAUACCCAAUAGUAGUCCAUAUUCCAUCGGUGUCUCCCACCUUCAAAUCAUAUGCUCACCAAGAGACUUAGAAAUGUUCUGCAUCAGUUGGCUAGUCAACAUGCCUUUCCCAGCAAGGAACUGGCUGCCGCGAAUCUAUCCUGGGUCAACAACAAAUGCUAAUGAACGAGAUAGGAGUCAACUUCGCGCUACAUUUACUAGACUAUAUGACAAUGCAUCCUCUGGAAAACAAAGUUAUCGAUGUACCAUGUCCGCUCUUGAAAGAGAUAAUGAAACCAGCGGAGGAAUUUCAGAAGCUGUGGAUGGUGGUGAUCAGUCUGAAGACCCUGAACAGACGUUCAGAUCUCGAUAUAUGAGCCCAGUAAUAAAAGCUAUGUCAAGGCUGUUCAGAGCCGUAUGGACGCCAAUCAAUGCCCCUCUGGCUACCUGGAUAGCGUCUCGGAAAACCUUGUUUGUUCUCACUCUUGGUGUUGCGUUUACGGUCUGUGGCAUGCUAGGAUGUCUUCUACUUAGCCAUGCAUAUUCUAGAGCCUUCCGUCGCCCCUGGGGACCGGAUAAUGGGGCAAACGCUGGUUUGCUUGAUAAGUCGAGAGUGGACGGGCAGAUUCCGGGCUGCGGGGAGCCGAGCUCUAAGUAUAACAACUUUACUGAGAGGCUUUUCAACCAAACCCCGGACAGCAUUGACCACCCAUCGCUAUUCGAUAACAAUAACACCAGUAAUAAAGUACCUUUGAAUCAGAAGGAAGCCAUUGAUUUCGAGAAAGACGUCAAGGAAGUUGAAGAGCAAGUACGAGCGGAAGAACAGACACCUAACGCACCCGCACCAGGCGUGGGGUCAGGUCGGUCCAUGGGGGAGUCGUUAUCGGUUACGCUCCGGAUCAAAAAUGACAAUGAAUGGAAUGGGACGCUUGUACCUCUACGGAUCACAUACAUCAUAAUUCAUAUAUGCGUGAAAUGA